AUGCUCACCAUCAAGCAGCAAUCGACGACGUACGGCUACAAGUCGGUCCAUGAUUUGCCAACUCCGCCCUCCACCUCGCGGCCCUCCCCCCCCUUGAACUACCAAGAUCCGUCCUACAAACCAUACCUCGCCUCUCAGUCCCAGAGCAGUCCAGUCCAGCCCAUGUCUGCUUCUCAUCGUGGCCUGCCUCCGCCGGCAGCCAUGACUCUACCUCCACAGCAGCCUCCUUCGAUUGGCCCUCCGCCACCGCCUUCACAUCACGCCCAGCAGCAGCCGCCGCCGCCGCCUCUGCCGCUGGCCCAGCCCUCUCACCAGGCGCAGCCGUGGCCUUCACCUUCGGCUGGCCUGCCUCCCCCGCCGCAGCAAUGGCAAGGGGCCGAGGAAUCCAUGAGGACCUGGCUGCAGGCCAAGACGGAGGAGGAGAGGACGAGGCAAGAAGAGGAAAAGACGAGGCAGGAGACUCUGCGUCUGGAGCAGAGGAAGAUUGAGAUGGACAUCUUGCGAGCUUCUCUUGGCGGUGGCAUCCCACCGCCCAUGAUUCCUCUGGUCUUUGCCGGCAUGGGAAGCGGGGGCACGCUCCCCCAAGCCGCCCUCGAAUGGGCCCAGCAGUUCAUGGCUCCGGCCCAGGGUCACCAUCCCCAGCUUCUUCCGCCGCAGCGACCGCACUCGCCGGAUCAUUCGAGAGAACCUGUUGGCCACGGAGUGAUGUACACCACCUCUCCAGCGCAGGUGACCUCAGCACAGGGCCCCGGCGGAUACGCGCAGUAUCCAGCGUCGCCCUCGAGGCCAAGAGGCCAGACAAUCUCCGGCGUACUGGGCCGGCCGAUGGCAGUGGGAUCCAACAUGGUGGGCGUUGCAAACGCUCCUCAGCCCCAGGGGCAGGCACCUCCGUCGGCCAUGCCGCCGUAUCAUCAGGGGCACGCGCAUACGCAGUCGCAGUCGUCGUCCCAGCACGAUACGAGCCCGUCGAUCUAUUUCCACCACUGGCAGCCGCCGGCAACGCAGAGCGGCAGCAGCUCGAACCGACCCGGAACACCGUCUGGUUCGUCCAAAUCCAAGAGAAAGCGAGAGUCGGUUUGA